AGUUUUUAGUCGGCAUGUUCCGUUCUGCUCCCAAUGUCACUGACAAUAAGACGGGAGGAGAAUGCUGCUCUUUAAACUAGGCAUCGGGCACGUAAGUUUGUAUUGAUUUCAUUGGACAGGGCCUCUUUGUGAAAAAGAUCAUUGAGUAAUUAUUUUUGAGUAUCAAUUUAACUUAGCGGUAGAGGACUAUACACCGUUAUUUCAAAAUUUCAUGCUGUUGAUUGUAAUUUCAGAUCAAUGGUUUUUGCUAUGGGGAAAUAAGAGAUGGAUCACGUGUUUGUUCUUAUAUUCCUUAUAUCCUCCCAGUUUGCAUCAGCUCAGAUAUCAUCAAGCUACAGUGAUAGUACAGGGGGAUAUUACACAGGAAGCAGUGAUUACAGCACAAAUCAUCACGGAUAUUACACAUACAGCAGCCAAUACCAACAGGACGCAAGUAAAUGUACCUAUUAUACAGACCACUAUGGUUCCACUUUCUCGGGAGGAUCUUAUUUCGUAGGGCCAUGUACUGAUAGUACCUGGUACCCAAGCAGUUCAUAUCCCUAUACCGAUACCAACGGAUUCACACACUGGACAACCACCAACGCCUAUUAUACAGAUACCAAUCAUUUUCCAUACAGCUCAAGCAGUAGUUGCACCUAUUAUACAGACCACUAUGGCUCCACUUUCUCGGGAGGAUCUUAUUCCGUAGGACCAUGUACCGAUACAACCUGGUACCCAAGCAGUUCAUAUCCCUAUACCGACACAAACGGCUUCACAUACUGGACAACUUCUAAUUCCUAUUAUACAGAUACCAAUCAUUAUCCAUACAGCUCAAGAAGUAGCUGUACUUAUUAUACAGACCAAUUUGGCAUCAUUUUCCCAUCAGGAUCUUAUUCCGUAGGACCAUGUACCGAUACAAGCUUGUACCCAAGCAGUUCAUAUCCCUAUACCGAUACGAACGGAUUCACACACUGGACAACCACUAACGCCUAUUAUACAGAUACCAAUCAUUAUCCAUACAGCUCAAGCAGUAGUUGUACUUAUUAUACAGAUCAGUUUGGCUCCACUUUCUCGGGAGGAUCUUAUUCCGUAGGACCAUGUACCGAUACAACCUGGUACCCAAGCAGUUCAUAUCCCUAUACCGAUACCAACGGCUUCACACACUGGACAACCACCAACGCUUAUUACACAGAUACCAAUCAUUAUCCAUACAGCUCAAGUAGUAGUUGUACUUAUUAUACAGACCACUAUGGCUCCACUUUCUCGGGAGGAUCUUAUUCCGUAGGACCAUGUACCGAUACAACCUGGUACCCAAGCAGUUCAUAUCCCUAUACCGAUACCAACGGAUUCACACACUGGACAACCACCAACACUUAUUAUACAGAUACCAAUCAUUAUCCAUACAGCUCAAGUAGUAGUUGUACUUAUUACACAGACCACUAUGGCUCCACUUUCUCGGGAGGAUCUUAUUCCGUAGGACCAUGUACCGAUACAACCUGGUACCCAAGCAGUUCAUAUCCCUAUACCGAUACAAACGGAUUCACAUACUGGACAACUUCUAAUUCCUAUUAUACAGACACCAAUCAUUGUCCAUACAGCUCAAGUAGUAGCUGUACUUAUUAUACAGACCAAUUUGGCAUCAUUUUCCCAUCAGGAUCUUAUUCUGUUGGACCAUGUACCGAUACAAGCUUGUACCCAAGCAGUUCAUAUCCCUAUACCGAUACAAACGGAUUCACACACUGGACAACUUCUAACUCCUAUCAUACAGAUACCAAUCAUUAUCCAUACAGCUCAAGCAGUAGUUGUACCUAUUAUACAGACCACUAUGGCUCCACUUUCUCGGGAGGAUCUUAUUCCGUAGGACCAUGUACCGAUACAACCUGGUACCCAAGCAGUUCAUAUCCCUAUACCGAUACAAACGGCUUCACACACUGGACAACUUCUAACUCCUAUCAUACAGAUACCAAUCAUUAUCCAUACAGCUCAAGCAGUAGUUGUACUUAUUAUACAGACAGCUAUGGAUCCUAUUUCUCGGGAGGAUCUUAUUCCGUAGGACCAUGUACCGAUACAACCUGGUACCCAAGCAGUUCAUAUCCCUAUACCGAUACCAACGGAUUUACACACUGGACAACUUCUAAUUCGUUUUAUACAGAUACCAAUCAUUAUCCAUACAGCUCAAGUAGUAGUUGUACUUACUUUACAGACAGCUAUGGAUCCUAUUUCUCGGGAGGUUCUUAUUCUGUAGGACCAUGUACCGAUACAACCUGGUACCCAAGCAGUUCAUAUCCCUAUACCGAUACCAACGGCUUCACACACUGGACAACUUCUAGUUCCUAUUAUACGGAUACCAAUCAUUAUCCAUAUAGUUCAAGCAGCAGUUGUACUUAUCAUACGGACAGCUACGGUUCGACGUUCUCCGGAGGAUCUUAUUCUGUUGGACCAUGUACCGAUACAACCUGGUACCCAAGCAGUUCAUAUCCCUACACCGAUACAAACGGUUUCACACACUGGACAACUUCAAAUUCCUAUUAUACAGAUACCAAUCAUUAUCCAUACAGCUCAAGCAGCAGUUGUACUUAUUAUACAGACAGCUAUGGAUCCACUUUCUCGGGAGGAUCUUAUUCAGUAGGACCAUGUACCGAUACAACCUGGUACCCAAGCAGUUCAUAUCUCUAUACCGAUACAAACGGCUUCACACACUGGACAUCUUCUAGUUCCUAUUAUACAGAUACCAAUCAUUAUCCAUACAGCUCAAGCAGCAGUUGUACUUAUUAUACAGACAGCUAUGGCUCCACUUUCUCGGGAGGAUCUUAUUCCGUAGGACCAUGUACCGAUACAACCUGGUACCCAAGCAGUUCAUAUCCCUAUACCGAUACCAACGGCUUUUCACACUGGACAGCCUCUAGUUCCUAUUAUACAGAUACCAAUCAUUAUCCAUACAGCUCAAGCAGUAGUUGUACGUAUUAUACAGACAGCUAUGGCUCCACUUUCUCGGGAGGAUCAUAUUCCGUAGGACCAUGUACCGAUACAACCUGGUACCCAAGCAGUUCAUAUCCCUAUACCGAUACAAACGGUUUCACACACUGGACAACUUCUAAUUCUUAUUAUACAGAUACCAAUCAUUAUCCAUACAGCUCAAGUAGUAGUUGUACUUAUUAUACAGACAGCUAUGGCUCCACUUUCUCGGGAGGAUCUUAUUCCGUAGGACCAUGUACCGAUACAACCUGGUACCCAAGCAGUUCAUAUCUCUAUACCGAUACCAACGGCUUUACACACUGGACAACCUCUAGUUCCUAUUAUACAGAUACCAAUCAUUAUCCAUACAGCUCAAGCAGUAGUUGUACUUAUUAUACAGACAGCUAUGGCUCCACUUUCUCGGGAGGAUCAUAUUCCGUAGGACCAUGUACCGAUACAACCUGGUACCCAAGCAGUUCAUAUCCCUAUACUGAUACCAACAGCUUCACACACUGGACAACUCCUAGUUCCUAUUACACAGAUACCAAUCAUUAUCCAUACAGCUCUAGUAGUAGUUGUACCUAUUAUACAGACCAAUAUGGCUCCUAUUUCUCCGGAGGAUCUUAUUCUGUGGGACCAUGUACCGAUACAUCCUGGUACCCAGGCAGUUCAUAUCCCUCAGUUCACUCUUCCUUUACAACAGUUUCCUUCUCCUAUUUCUCAACAUAUCUUCACUCAUCGACAGUAACAUCAUCUUCAGAAUUAUUACAGCCAUCUCUAGAAACAUCUACAAUUUCUACUCCCCAGUAUCUUUUAACAUCUAUGAUACAAUCAUCUAUAUCUAACUCUGGUAUUCAGCAGUCAAUGACUUUUUCAUUUAAUCAAUUAUCUACCAUGUCCUCUGAUAUUCAGUCACCGAUGAUUUCCUCUAUUAUGGAUCAUCAAUGA